AUUAUAUUAAUUAAUGGAGUUGUUUUUAUCAUCAGAUUUGAAUUCACAAUUCUUAACUUUUUUAGCACAUUAUACAAGAUUAGUUUAAACAGGAAGAGUAAAACUUGUAUUGCUUUCAAAUCAAGCAUUAAAAUUAAAUGAAGAGGGCAUAAUAAAAUUUCCAUCAAUUCCUUCUUUAGUGACAGAAGAUGCUUAAAUUUUAACAAAUAUAUUCUCAAUAGCAUAGUAAUUAAAAAUAAAUAAUUUAGAUAUUUAGCUAAUAUUUCUUUUACAGAAAAAAUACUCAUUGGAACAGAUAAUUAAACUUUGGGAUAAGUAAAUAAUAUUAUAAAAUUUAAGGUUUUGUAAGUAUUUGAAGCACAAAGAAAAAUUUAAGGAGGAGGUUUAAUUGAUGUAUUAAAAGUGUUAAAUUUUAGGCAUUUCUUCAACAUUUAGAGAGUAGAGUAUUUUUUGUUACUAAUCAUGUAACCCUAGCAGAUCUAUUUCUAUAUAUUCACACUUAUGAUGUAGUAUCUACGUGGAGUGAUGAAGAAAAAUCUGGAAAAUAUGUUCAUUUUUUUAGAUGGUAUGAAAUUUAUUUAACAGUUCUUUCUUAAUAGGUUUAAAUAAGUUCAAGCAUUACCAUAAAUUUCUGAAAUAAACAAAACUUUAGGUAGAAUCGAUGUAAAGCCCGCAUCUCCAAUUUCAUCAUUAGUUGAUUCUUCAUCAACUAGUAAAAAAAAAAAGAAUAUAUGAGAUAGUAUAAAAAUUCUUAUUACAUAUUAGAAGAAUGCA